GCGUUUGCGUUACUCGAGUUAAGGUCGAUAUUUGCUUUUGUGGUAUAUUUUAAAUAUCGAUGUCAGAAAGAAAGAAAAAAAAUUUUUCCUCCUAUUUUCUUUUAUAAAAGAAAAAAAAAAAAAUUAAUAAUAAUUCGGCUUUUUAAAUAGCAAAAAAUUUUGCAAAAUUUCGUGGAAAAAAAAUUUAAAAAAUAUACAAAAGAUUAUAACUUGAAAAAAAAAAAUUAAUUAUUUUAAUAUUUUCCUGUAUAUAAGUAAAAAAUUUACUUAUUCACAAUAAAAUUUGUGUGCAAUUAAAGCAAAAAAAAGAGAAAAAUUUCUUUUCAAAGUGGGGCUCUAAAAUAUUGAAAUUCUUGUAAUCCAAAAUAAGUAAUAUUUUGUGUGAAAAAUAUUUUCAAAAAAUUAUAAAUUUCGUAUAAAACAGAGUAUAAAUUAUUUGGGCCUAAUAUAGAAAUGUGUAAUUAAAACAAAACGAGAAAAUUAUAAAAAAAAAAUUUUCCAAUUUAUGGGAUUAAUAAAUUUAUAUUUGAAUAGAUUUCCUUAAUUGCUGCAAAGGAAUAUGGAAUAAAAUGUAAGUUUUAAGCCAUAAAUUUCGAACUUUUAUUCGGUUUUAUUCGAUUUUAAAUUUUAAAAUACUCGCGAUACUCAUACAAUAAACAUCAAAAUUCGACUAUUAAAAAUAAUAAUAAAAAUUUAAAAUAAUAAUUAUUAUUAAAAAAAAAAACAAAAAAAAAAGGCUAAUAAUAUUUUUAAUCUUCUAUAAUGAUAUUUAAUUAAAUGCCAUAAUAUAUAAAAAAAAUAAAUUUUAUCACAUAAAAAUAAAAAAAAUAUUAAAAAAAAAUAGAAUUUAAGGUGUGUAUGUAUAUAUAUAUAUAAUUAUUAUUAUUAUAUAAGUGUGUAUCUUAAGUGUUUUUGGUUUUUGCUUUUCUUAUCUUAAAAGAGUGCAUAAUAAUAAUUAUGAAGUAAAAAAUUUAAUUUAAAUUAUAAAAGAAGAUAAUAAAAUUAAAUUUAAAAGUAUAAAUAAAAAAUAAAUAAUGAUAUAUUAGAAAGAAAGAGAGAAAGAGAGAGAGAAAAAAUAAAAUAAAAUUAAAAUUAAUUGUGUCGAAAAUUAGAAAAAUUUGCAUAUAUAUAGGAGAAAUUAGUGGUAAUAAAAAAUAUAUUAUAUAAGUAAUACCUAAGGUGUAUAAAUUAGAAAAAAAAUUAAAAAUAAAAUAUAGAUAAAAAUUUUGUGAAAAGAAAUUUCAUAUAUAUAUAUAUAUAUAUAUAUACAUAUAUACACAUAAAUAUUUGUAGAAAAAAAUAAAUCUUAAUUAAUAUAACAAAAGAAAGAAAAAAAUAAAAAUCCAACAAUCAUGUUGGAUUUAAUAGCCGCUCUAAAUAAGCGCCAUAAUCCGCCGAAUUUUUAUAAUAAAAAUUAUAAUAAAAAUAGUUCCAUUAAUAUAAAAAAUAAUAAUAAAAAUCAUAAUAAUAUAAUUAUUAAAAAUAAUAAUAAGCGUGGCCAUAAAUUCUUAGUUUUAAAUAAUAAUAAUAAUAAAAAUAAUAUAAAUAAUAAUUAUAAUUAUAAUAAUUAUUUUAAAUAUUCAAUUAUAAUUUUAAUUGGAUUAAUUGCCAUAUUAAAUAAUUAUGCAAUAUUAAAAGUAAAUGCUGAAAUCGAUUUAAAUAAUAAUAAUAUUGAUCAAAUACAACAAGAUCAUUACAAAAAACAACAACAACAGCAACAACAACAAGAAGAAGAACAACAACAUGAAUCAUUUAUUGAAUCUUUGGCUAUAAUUACACCAAUCUCUAAAACAGUAUUUGAUGCAAGUGAUUCAAUAUUAACAUCAUCAUCAUCACCAUCAUCAUCAUCAUCAUCGUCGUUAUCACUUGAUACAUCAACAUCAUAUGAUUCAUCAUUAUUUUUAACAACAAAUACUUAUAUAACACUACCAUCAUCUGCAUUACCAUCAGUUUCACCAAUAUCACCAACGUUAUAUUCUUCAGAAAAUUCGAAAUAUAAUAUAAAUGAUGAUAAUGAAAAUAAUAAUUAUGAUAAUAUUGAUAUUAUAUUACAAAAAGAGAAACAGCAACAAAAUGAAAGACAACAGCAACAACAACAGCAACAACAUAAUUUUGUGUCGUUAGUCCUUCCACACGAUACAUAUCCUGGUUUUAGUAUUAAGAAAUUUCAUACAAUACCAAUUAAUGAUAAUAAUAUUAGUAAUUAUCAUUAUAAUAUUGAUAAUAUCAAUUUCAAUAAUAAUAAUAAAAAUAAUAAUAAUUCAUUUAAUGAUUAUGAAUUCAUUACAAAAUCAUCAUUAUCACAAUCAAUUGAAAUUAAUAAUGAUGAUAAUAAUAAAAAUCAAAAAUAUCAUCGUAAACAUCAAUCAUCUACAUUAUAUAAUAAAAAUUAUCGUUUACUUGAAACUGGAUUCUCAAAAUAUUUUACAAUGUUAGAUGAUGGUAUGGUUAUGACAACAUCUGAUAUAUCACCAUUAGUUAAUCGUCCUGUCAAUUUAAUUGUUGUUGAAGAAACACCAAAUAUAACAAAUACACAUCAUUUACAAUUAUUUGUAAUGCAUCGUGAUGAUAUGUUAAAAUUUCCAGGCGCAAAUUUAGAUAUUACAGGUGAAAUUAAAGAAAAUCAACCAUCUGGUACAAUUGUACGUGGUAUACCAUUAUUACAGGCAUUUUUUGGUAUUAAUAAUAAUGAAAUAACAAAAAGUAUUAAAUAUUCAAUAAUUGAUGGUAAUGAUGAUGAUUCAUUUGCAUUACAAGCAUCACAUGAUAAAUUAAAAUAUGCUGAUACAAUAAUAUUACAUGGUGAUAUUAAUAUUGGUGGUGUUUGGUUAGUAACAAAUCGUCCACUUGAUCGUGAACAAAAAAAUUCUUAUGAUCUGUCAAUUCAAGCAUCUGAUUUAGAUGAUUUAGAUAAAACAAUAACAAAAAUAAAAAUUACAAUACUUGAUGAAAAUGAUAAUCGGCCAAUAUUUUUACAUAAUAUGUAUAAAUUUUCGAUAGCUGGUGAAAAAUCAAAAGAUUUAAUAAAUUAUGAUCAACAAUAUCAACAAAUAAAAUCAACAAUUAUAAAUAAUAAUAAUAGUAAUACAGAAUCACCAACAAUAUGGAAACGUUUUACAAUAUUGGGUAAAGUUGAAGCAAAAGAUAAUGAUGGUGAUAAAAUUGCAUAUCGUUUAAAAUCACCAAGUAAUACAAUUAUAAUUGUACCACAAACUGGUGAAUUAAUGUUAGUUGAACAACCACCAUAUGGUAAAAAUGAAUUAUUAAUUGAUGUUAUUGCACAUGAUUUACGUAUACCAAGUUUAGAAAGUAUUGAACCAGCUAAAGUUUUAAUUGAAUUUCUUGAACCAGAACCAUUAUCAUUUAUGAUGCAAUAUUUAAAUCAUGAUGAUAUUAAUCAGCAUACACAUCAUCGUGAAAAACGUAGAGUAACGCGCGCUGUACGUCCAACAAAACGUAUUGAAUUUACUGAAGCUGAUGGUGAUACCGAAGGUAAAUCAGUAUUUCAAUUAGAAAAAGAAACGGAUCGUGAAACAUUUAAAAUACGCGAUGAAAAUCCAUGGGUAACUGUUGAACCUAAUGGUGCUGUUAGAGUUAAAAAGAAGUGGGACUAUGAAGAAUUAGGUCCUGAAAAAACAAUUGAUUUUUGGGUUAUAAUUACAAAUGCAGGCCAUAAUGCUGGCGGCCUAAAAUAUACUGACAAUCAACGAGUUAUUAUACAUGUUAAAGAUGUUAACGAUGAACCUCCAUAUUUUAUUAAUAGACCAUUACCAAUGCAAGCUGUUGUACAAUUAAAUGCACCACCAAAUACUCCAGUAUUUACGUUACAAGCACGUGAUCCAGAUACUGAUCAUAAUAUACAUUAUUUUAUUGUACGUGAUCGUACUGGUGGUAGAUUUGAAGUUGAUGAAAGAUCUGGUGUGGUGAGAACUCGUGGUACCGACCUCUUCCAACUUGAUAUGGAAUAUGUAUUAUAUGUUAAAGCUGAGGAUCAAAAUGGUAAAGUUGAUGAUCGUCGGUUCCAGAGUACACCAGAAGAACGUUUAUCAAUUGUUGGUGGUAAACGUGCACCACAAUUUUAUAUGCCAAGCUAUGAAGCUGAAAUACCUGAAAAUCAAAAGAAAGAUUCAGAUAUAAUCUCUGUGAAAGCCAAAUCUUUUGCUGAUCGUGAAAUUCGUUAUACAUUAAAAGCACAAGGACAAGGUGCUGGUACAUUUAAUAUUGGACCAUCAUCUGGAAUUGUUAAAUUAGCUAAAGAAUUAGAUUUUGAAGAUUUACGUCAACCACAUGUUUAUUCAUUAAUAGUUACGGCCACUGAAGAUUCAGGCGGUUUUUCAACUUCUGUUGAGUUAACUAUUCGAGUAACAGAUGUUAAUGAUAACGCACCAAAAUUUGAGUUACCAGAUUAUCAAGCACAUAAUGUUGACGAAGAUAUUCCUUUGGGUACUAGUAUCCUGAAAGUAAAAGCUAUGGAUUCUGAUUCGGGUGCUAAUGCUGAAAUUGAAUAUCUUGUAUCUGAUGAUCAUUUUGCAGUUGAUUCAAAUGGAAUUAUUGUUAAUAAUAAACAAUUGGAUGCUGAUAAUAAUAAUGCAUAUUAUGAAUUUAUAGUAACAGCAAAAGAUAAAGGUGAACCAUCAAAAAGUGGUACAGCAACUGUAAGAGUUUAUACAAAAAAUAAAAAUGACGAAGAACCAAAAUUCUCACAACAAGUCUAUACACCAAAUGUCGAUGAAAAUGCUGGACCAAAUACACUUGUAACAACAGUUGUUGCAUCCGAUAAAGAUGGUGAUAAUGUACGUUUCGGUUUUGUUGGUGGUGGUACAAAUGCUGGACAAUUUGUUAUUGAAGAUAUUACCGGUGUAAUACGAUUACAUAAUAAAGCUAUAACAUUAGAUCGUGAUAAAUAUGAAUUGAAUGUAACUGCUAUGGAUGAUGGAUCAUGUUGUGUUAAUGGUGACCAAACAAUUCAUACAUCAACGGCUGUUGUUGUUGUUUUUAUAACGGAUGUUAAUGAUAAUAAACCAGUUUUCAAAGAUUGUGGCACUUACUAUCCAAAAGUUGAAGAAGGUGCACCAAAUGGAAGUCCUGUAAUUAAAGUACAAGCUACUGAUGAGGAUAAAGGUGUAAAUGGACAGGUGAAAUAUUCUAUUGUACAACAACCAAAUCAAAAAGGUACAAAAUUCACUGUUGAUGAAGAAACUGGUGAAGUAUCAACAAAUAAAGUAUUCGAUCGUGAGGGUGAUGACGGUAAAUUUGUAUCAGUAACAGUUAAAGCAACAGAUCAAGGUGAACCAAGUUUAGAAGGUGUAUGCUCAUUUACAGUCGAAAUUACUGAUGUUAAUGAUAAUCCACCAUUAUUCGAUAGACAGAAAUAUGUUGAAAAUGUUAAACAAGAUGCAAGUAUUGGUACAAAUAUAUUACGUGUUUCAGCAUCCGAUGAAGAUGCUGAUAAUAAUGGAGCAAUUGUAUACAGUUUAAGUGCACCAUACAAUCAUAAUGAUCUUGAAUAUUUUGAUAUUCAAGCUGAAUCUGGUUGGAUUGUGUUAAAGAAACCUCUUGACGGAUGCUACCCUCAGCGUGAUAGAUAUCGUUUGAGGGUUCGUGCCUCUGAUAAAGGUGAACCACCAUCAUAUGCAGAUGUUGAUGUUGAAUUAGAUGUUGUUGAUCGUAAUAAUAAACCACCAAUUUGGGACAAAAACAUUUAUGGCCCCAUUCACAUUAAAGAAAAUGUCACUGUUGGUACGGUUGUAACAUCGAUUAAGGCAAGCUCUGGUAUUGAAGGAAAUCCAACAGUAUUUUAUCGACUUAUGCCAGGUUCAACAGCACAAACAAAUAAAAUGCAUACAUUCUAUCUGCAACAGAGACCGGAUAAUGGUGAUACUUGGGCUGAUAUAAAAGUUAAUCAUCCGCUGGAUUUUGAAAGUAUAAAAGAAUAUAAUCUAACCAUAAGAGUUGAGAAUAAUGGUGCCCAACAAUUGGCCUCUGAAGCAACUGUAUAUAUUAUGCUUGAAGAUGUUAACGAUGAAAUUCCAUUGUUUACUGAACGUGAACAAGAAACAGUACUUGAAGGUGAACCAAUUGGAACGAAAGUAACACAAGUUAAUGCUAUCGACAAAGAUGGUACAUUCCCAAAUAAUCAGGUUUACUAUUAUAUUGUUGAUUCACCACGUAAUGAAGGUAAAGAAUUUUUUGAAAUAAAUCUUCAAAGUGGUGAAAUCUUUACAAAAACUGUAUUCGAUCGUGAAAAGAAAGGAGCAUAUGCAUUAGAAGUUGAGGCAAGAGAUGGUGCACCAUCGGCCAGACCAAAUAGUAAUGGACAACCAAAUUCAGGUUAGUGAUAAUUUUUCAACUCACCUAUUAAAUUGUAAGUACAUAUACAUAUACUUUAUCUAUUAAAUAUGGAAUUAAUAAUGUGUAAUGGGAAUAAUAUUCUCCCAAUAAUUUACCUCAUAUUUUUAAUUG